AUGUCACCUGCGAUGCUUUUUGAUCCCGUGCAAGAGAAUUGUCUGCGACAGUCGCAGUGUGAGCUCAUCAAAUACUACGGCUACCCCUGCGAGCGCAGCUACGCGACCACGGAUGACGGUUACGUGCUCGAAGUGGACCACAUCCCACAUGGUCGAGGGGGUAGCCCAUCCACCGCCGACAACCAGAGGACGCCUCGUUAUCCUGUACUCCUGCUGCCCGUCUUGAGCGGAGCGUCGGAUGUGUGGUUCCUCAACUUGCCAUCGCAAAGCCCUGGUUUUCUCUUAGUGGACAGGGGCUUUGACGUGUGGUCCAUGAACUCGAGGGAAGCUAAGCCGUACUCUAACCACACGACUGUCUCACAGAAGGAGCCCAAGUACUGGAGAUGGAGCUUCGACGAGAUUGGGCGCUACGAUGUGGCAGCCUGCGUGGACCACGUUCUCAAGGCCACCGGUGCUCCUAAGCUCACGAUAGUGGCACUGUCCCAGGGUGCAGCCAUAACAAUGGUCUUCCUCUCUACGCGCCCAGAGUACAACGACAAGGUCAACCUUGUGAUUUUAUAUGGUCCCGUGGCUAACAUCACACAUUCGGGGCAGCCGAUGUCAGUUGCGGUUCCUCUGCUGCCACCCGUGCUUCUGGCACUGGACCCCUUAUCUAGGGGAGCCUAUGUUGGAGCAGGCAACGUUGCUCAACGGGUUUUCUCGAGGCUCUGUGAAGUCGCCACCGGCCGCCUGUGUUCUGCUGUGGUAACGGUAACGCUGUUAAGCAGCCCGCUUCAGCUUAAUAAGACUCGGAUGCCCAUGUACGUUGGCCAUUGGCCUAGGGGUACGUCUGCACAAAACAUGCGCCACUACCACCAGAUGUACAAGGCGAAAAACUUCGUCAUGUACGACCAUGGUGUGAUGGAAAAUCGCCGGCGGUACGGUCAGAUGACGCCACCGGCCUACCCGCUUGAGAAUAUCAAGACUCCAAUUGCUGUAUUCUCUUCAGAAGGCGACUUGAUAGCCGAUACGCAAGAUGUGGCAGACUUGUUGACAAGGCUGGGAUCGAACGUGAUUCUCCACCGCGUGGUUCCCGAGAAAAAGUUUGGCCACCUGGACUUCGCCAUUGGACACAAUGCCAAUGGAUUCCUGCACAAUAUUGCCAUGGACGUCAUCCAACAGCACGCGACACAGGGAUUUUAAAAUGUUCUACAAAAAUGGAGCAAUAUCUUCCUUAUAAAAACUCUAGGAAUCUGUCAGUACUUUCACUAUCAGCAGUAUAUAGUUGACGCGUUGUAUAUUGGCACUUUCGGUGAAGUGGCCGUCUAAUACCCGUCGGCUUUUGUUGUAGACGAGCCAACAUGCGCAUACAAUACAAUGUUCAAGGCAUAAUUCUAGAAACUAUUCAAUGUUAAUAUUAAUAUGCAUUCAACAAGGCGCUACGUCGUACACACACAUCCUGACGAAAUUUCAACACUAGAGGAACCUACAGCAAGCUCUCCUAUAUGUGGCAUCCGUGUUACAAUGGCUAAAUGAGCAUCUGCGUAUGAGCGAUGGUCUCAUCUAAGUGUGGCUGUAAUCUGCCAUGGCGGGUUUGUCGAAUAAAGCUUUUUCU